AUGAAUAAUGAAAUAGGGAAACCUAAUCCAAUAAGAUUAGUAAUAAUUCAAUAUAAAUAGUUUAGUCUACUCAACUUCUAUAUUUUAUGGAUUACAAAAUUCAUGAAUAUAGUCCUGAAGAAUUAUAUGAAAACAAAGCUAGAUUAUUUGAAUCAUUAAUGACAGAAUGGAAUAAUAUGAGUACAAUAGAACAAGAAAAAUAUAGUUAAAAAGUGAGAUUCAUAAAUGGAGGUGAAAAAGCAAAAUACCGCAAAGAUGAAUAAUCAUCUGAAACAAUGUAUGAAACUGCAGAUGAAAAACCAACAAAAGCAGUAUAACCAAUAAUACAAGAAAAAAGCGAAAGUUAAGAAAGAUCUGAAGAAAAAAAAUCAGAAGAAAAAAUAAAAGAACAAUGUAUUAAUAUAAAUUAUGUUAAAUAAGAAAAUAAUAAGCAUGUCUCAUCUUUAAAUGAAUUAAAAUAGGAUUAGAUAAUUACAUAUGAAGUAAUUUCUGAAAAAGAAAUUAAUUCAUAAUAAUAACCCUUUAAAAGUUAAACAUCUCAAAAUUAAUAAUUAAUUUAAGAAAAUGACAAUGAGUAGAAUAAUCUUUAAGAGAAUAUAAAAGAAAAUAAUAUAAAGAUUGAUUAUUUAAAAUAAGAUAAUGAAAUAGAUGAACAAUAAAAUUAUAAUAAAGGGAAAAAGUCAGGUAUAAGUUAGAAACGUUCUCAAAAAGGUACUAAUGAUAAAAUGAAACAAAAAGAUAGUAUAAUUAAAAAAAGAGCCUUAAGUCUUUCAAAAUAAACAUAAUUAGAAGAACAAUAAAAUUAAAAAAAUUUCUCUAUUAAUGAAACACUUACAUUGAAAUAACUUAAAGAUUAGAUUAAGAAUAUGUUUAAAUAAAUUGAAUGA